GUCUCCUGGAAAAAUUUUUCCCUGAUGUUAUUAAGGUUUCUUGGAAAGAAAAGAAUGGCAACAGGGUUCUGCCAUCCCAGGAGGGAAAUACCAUGAAGACCAAUGACACAUACAUGAAGUUCAGCUGGCUGACAGUGACAGAAAACUCCAUGAAGAAAGAGCACGUAUGUAUCGUCAAACAUGAGAAAAAUCCAGGAAGAAAAGAUCAAGAGAUUCUUUUUCCUGCAGUGAAUGAAGUUUUCACCCCAGUUGUCACUACUACCGAGCCUCCAAAUGAUUGUUUGAGAGAUGAAAGUGAAGCCACUGAUACUGAUUUUACAAAAGCUUGUGCAAGAGAUCGAAGUAUCGCUAAUUCUACAAAAGCAUGUCUGAAAGAUGAAAACAACACCGUGCCGCUGCAGUUCACGUACAACUCUGCUUACUACACCUACCUCGUCCUCCUCCUCAAGAGUGCCGUCUACUUUGCCAUCACCUCCUUCUGUGUGUUUAGGAGAACAGGCGUCUGCUGUGACGGGACGAGCUCGUGACAAGGGGACAACAAAGGGGUCAAUCUUCCUCUUUCAUCUAUUGCCCCAGAAACUCUCUACUGAAGACCCAGCCGGGCUUGCUUUCUGGGUUUGGGUUAUUUCAGACGUUGUGUAUAAUUUUCUAUCAUCGUGUAAGGGUUUUUCAGACCACUGGGCAGACAGUUUUCCUCUGUAACAAGGAAUUCUGCCAUUACUCAAAGGCACGGCCCAGAGCUCGUCCAAGGGAGCCUCUCCCACCACUGUCCCCACAAUCUCAUCAGCUUCUCCCCACCCCCAAGUCCUCAUGCCCCCCUAAGCACACACAGCGGGCAGUUCCCUGUUUGCUCCCAAGCACCUCCACCAAGACCACGGCCCUGAUCUUCCCUGUCACACACCCUGGAGAUGCUGGCUUUGCUACUUGAAAUAAAUAAAUUUCUAAAAAGAAAUCAAAAG